UCAAGAUGGCGGCGCCGGCGGGUGCCUGAGAGGAGCUGUUGCUACGAGCAGGAAGCGACGCCCCGGUUGCUGCCGGGAAAGGCUUUCCUGUGCUUCCUUCCCCCCCACGGCCUUUUAGAAGUAUGUUAAAAUGACCCAAGCUGGGAAGAAGAAGAAAAGGGCUGCCAACCGCAGCAUCCUGCUGGCCAAGAAGAUUAUCAUUAAGGAUGGGGGCACGCCUCAAGGAAUAGGCUCACCUAGUAUCUAUCAUGCUGUGAUAGUUAUAUUUUUGGAAUUUUUUGCUUGGGGACUCCUGACUGCACCAACUUUAGUCGUUUUGCAUAAAACCUUUCCAAAGCAUACGUUUUUAAUGAAUGGCCUGAUUCAAGGAGUGAAGGGUUUGUUGUCUUUCCUGAGUGCUCCUUUGAUUGGGGCCCUGUCUGAUGUUUGGGGCCGAAAGUCCUUCCUGCUGCUAACAGUAUUUUUUACUUGUGCGCCAAUUCCACUAAUGAAGAUCAGCCCAUGGUGGUACUUUGCUGUUAUCUCUGUCUCUGGAGUCUUUGCUGUGACCUUCUCGGUGGUAUUUGCUUAUGUAGCUGAUAUAACCCAAGAACAUGAAAGAAGCAUGGCAUACGGCCUGGUUUCAGCAACUUUUGCCGCAAGCCUAGUCACCAGCCCUGCCAUUGGUGCCUACCUUGGUCGAGUGUAUGGAGACAGCCUGGUGGUGGUCCUAGCUACAGCCAUUGCAUUGCUGGAUAUUUGUUUUAUCCUUGUUGCUGUACCUGAAUCAUUGCCAGAAAAGAUGAGGCCUGCGUCAUGGGGAGCACCCAUUUCUUGGGAGCAGGCUGACCCAUUUGCGUCUUUAAAGAAAGUCGGCCAAGACUCCAUCGUGCUGCUUAUCUGCAUAACAGUCUUUCUCUCCUACCUCCCUGAGGCAGGCCAGUAUUCCAGCUUCUUCUUGUAUCUCAGACAAAUGAUGAGCUUUUCACCGGAAAGUGUUGCAGCAUUUAUCGCAGUCCUUGGGAUUCUCUCCAUUGUUGCACAGACAAUAGUUCUGAGUUUACUUAUGAGGUCAAUAGGAAACAAAAACACCAUUCUUCUGGGACUGGGGUUUCAAAUAUUGCAGCUUGCGUGGUAUGGCUUUGGCUCAGAACCUUGGAUGAUGUGGGCAGCAGGGGCUGUUGCAGCCAUGUCGAGCAUCACGUUCCCAGCCGUUAGUGCUCUAGUUUCACGGACAGCGGAUGCUGAUCAGCAGGGUGUCGUACAAGGAAUGAUAACAGGAAUUAGAGGACUCUGUAACGGCUUAGGACCAGCACUUUACGGUUUUAUAUUCUACAUUUUCCAUGUGGAACUGAAUGAAAUUCCAGAGGCUCAAAAUGACCUGGCAGACAAUGUGGCUGUGCAGCACCAUUCGCAGCAGAACGCUAUCAUUCCCGGUCCUCCUUUCUUAUUUGGAGCAUGCUCUGUAUUACUGGCUCUGCUUGUUGCCUUGUUUAUUCCUGAACACACCAACUUAAAUGUUCGUUCCAGUAACUGGAAGAAGCACUGUGGUGGCCAUGGCCAUCCACACAGUCCACAGGCCCCUGGGGAGGCCAAAGAACCUUUGUUGCAAGACACAAAUGUAUGACAGCAGCACUCCAGGACUCUUAGAGCACAUUUCUUAUUUCUAUUUUUUUUCACCUGCAGUUCUGGAUGCACAUUCCAUUUCCAUCAAAAAAGUGACAUUUCUUAAGAGGGUCUUAAGAAAUUCUCUUUGCAUGAAAAUUGUAAGAACCACAACCAGGAAGUGGAAA